AUGGUGAGUGACCUUGAAAAGCAAAGGGAAGCGAAUAUAGAACGCAAUCAGAAACUGCUGCGAGAUUUACAGCUUCAGGAAUUGAGCAAUGCCGCGUUUGGAGGCAGUCCAAAACCGAAAAAACCCGCCAGCCAAAGAUCUGUAAAGGCUGCUCAAGACAAAAAAAAGUCAACAGAGGAACUGCCGCGACGCAAAUCCCGCAGACUCGAGGGAGUGAAAAUUGAAGACGAAUAUGACGUCGCGAAGGCGCAAUUGGAGGACGAGGUCAAGCUGAAAGUAGAGCGAGAACGAGCAAGGAAAGAGGGCGAAAUUAAGCUUCAGCAGGUUGUGGGAGAAGGCAAAUGGGAGCAAGCUCUUGAUAUUCUGGGAAGUUUCGGCUCAAAAUUGUCCCAAGGCGACUUCUUCGACAGUAUCCCCGUAACCGAUAAGACCUUGGCUGCCGCUAGAGAGGAGUUCGCAAAUCUCACAUUGGACGAGCGAGACUUCAAGCUCACACAGGCACGUAUAUAUUCGAUUGCAUUUCACCCGUCAGCCGAGAAGCCAAUGGUUUUGGCAGGUGACAAAACCGGUGAAUUGGGAAUUUGGGACACCUCUAGACCCGACGACGAGGGGGUUUUGAGCUUCCAGACGCAUACCGGCUCAAUUGCAACAAUUCUUGUUGAUCCAGAGAACCCCACUCGGAUUUAUACUGCCUCUUAUGACGGCUCCGUCAGAAAAUUGGAGCUUCCGGCCGCGAAAAGUACCGAAGCGUUCAUCUACGACUCUAACCCCCAUGAUCCCAUCGGUGUUUCCGAUAUAGCGCUCGUGGAUACAAACACGUUAUACUACACCACUCUACAAGGUGAUUUUGGAAAAGUCGAUUUACGAGCAAGUACUCAAAAGCCUGCUCAAGAGUUGCAUGAAAAGAAGAUUGGUGGUUUUGCAGUAAACCCAAUGAAUCCAUAUCAAAUUGCAACAGCAAGCUUAGACCGAACGCUGAAGGUUUGGGACAUUCGUAACGAAAAGGUAGAGCUAUAUGGACAGUAUCACUCGAGAUUGAGUGUUAGUGCGGCUUCAUGGAACACUGCGGGCCAGAUUGUUUGCAAUGGGUAUGACGACACGGUCAAUGUUAUCGACAUUCCAAGCGAUUGGGAGAUGUCCGAAAACAUCGAGCUACAGCCUUCCGUACGCAUCAAACACAACUGUCAAACCGGUCGGUGGGUUUCCAUUUUCAAAGCCCGGUGGCACGAGAGACCGCGAGACGGCAUUCAGAAGUUCACUAUCGGUAAUAUGAAGCGUUACAUUGACGUAUUCUCUAAUACUGGGCAGCAAAUUGCCCAUCUGGAUGGGUACGGCAUGAGUGCAGUGCCAGCAGUCGUCCAAUUCCAUCGCACAGAGAACUGGCUUGCGGGGGGGACUGCCUCAGGAAAAAUUAAUCUAUUCAUGCCUUCGGACGCUAAAAAAGAAGUUAAAGACGAGUAA